CACUUUGACGAAUCGUCAGAAGAAUCGCGAAUCGAACAAUGUUCAGUUUAACCUGACAGAAGUGAUUGUGAACCAUUGCAGCGUCGUCUCACGCACGCAUCUUCAAUAUCUGCAGUUUCUGUAUAUCGCAAUACAGGAAAAAAUGGACGGAAAACAGCCACCCUUCCCCGGUGCACCAUAUGGCAUAGGAGUUGCUCGCCCCAUCAGUGAGCCUCUGGUUGGCAAGUUGGGAGUGUUUGGGAGAGGCAGAGGAUUUCUGAUGCCCAUUUCUGAGCCCACUGUUGGGAUGGGUAGAGGAGCUUUACCUGCUAUGGACGUUAAAGGACCAUAUAAACGAGAGGAGAUGCCUGCACUUCAGUCAGAAGAGCCAGAGGUGGUCCCAAUGAUUACCAAGGUCGAUGUUCCUGAUCAGGGGUCAUCACUGGUGUCCAUGUUCAGAGGGAUGGGCAUCGAGCCUGGAAAAACAUGGGGCAGAGGAGUAGCAACUAUUGGGCGGGGAACAGUGGGCGAUUUUGGAGCAGGUGUCAAGUCUAAGAUGUGCACCGUUGGGGCAUCAGCUUUGCAUCCAGAAAAAGAACAACCGGUCAGUUUUCUCGGCAGAGGAUUUGUUGGUCUUGGCAGAACAGUAUCACCUCACAUGGGUGUGGGUCGUGGCCCGACUUCUCCCAUGGGACUCCUGUCCCCCAUUUCUGCCCCUUUAUCCUUGGCAUCUAAGCCCUCUGUCUCAGAAGAUGCCCCAGCUCCUCCAGGAACACCUACCAAAGCAGAAGUAACAACCGAGACUGUGGGUUUUAUCGGCAGAGGAUUUGUUGGUCUUGGCAGAACAGCAUUGCCUCACAUAGGCGUUGGUCGUGGUCCGACUACCCCACCGGUCGUGUCCCCAAUUACGACCUCUUUAUCCAUGCCAGGGGCACCCUCCGUCUCUGAAGAUGUCCCAGCCCCUUCAGGCACACCACCUAAAGUGGAAGUGACAAUUGAGACCGUAGGGGAGCCACUGAAGAAAAUUGGCACUAAGGGCAAUCCUGUAUCUAUCGGGUCAAACUACAUCCCCAUCUCCUGCAAAAAUGAGGCUGUGUUUCAGUACCAUGUGACUUUUACCCCCAACGUGGAGUCUCUCUCUAUGCGCUUUGGUAUGAUGAAGGAACAUCGACCCAGUACAGGAGAGGUGGUGGCGUUUGAUGGAUCAAUCCUCUACCUGCCCAAACGUCUUGAUGAGGUUGUUCAUCUCAAGGCUGAAAGAAAAACGGACAACCAGGAAAUCAUCAUCAAGAUUCAGUUGACAAAGAUUUUGCCGCCCAGCUCAGACCUGUGCAUCCCGUUCUAUAAUGUCGUCCUGAGGAGAGUGAUGAAGAUAUUGGGCCUGAAACUGGUGGGCAGAAACCAUUACGACCCCAACGCUGUUGUGAUUCUAGGCAAACACAGGCUGCAGGUGUGGCCUGGGUACUCCACCAGUAUCAAACAUACCGAUGGUGGUCUGUACCUGAUUGUGGACGUCUCGCACAAGGUGCUGCGUAAUGACUCCGUGCUGGACAUCAUGAAUGUGAUUUACCAGGAGAGUCGAGAGAGCUUUCAGGACGAAUGCACUAAGGAGUUUGUUGGCUCAAUCAUUAUAACACGCUACAAUAACCGCACUUAUCGUAUCGAUAGUGUUGAGUGGUCCAAGUCUCCCAAAGACCAAUUCACCUUAGCUGAUGGCUCAGUGACUACAUUCGUUGAAUACUACAGGAAAAACUAUGGUAUUACCAUAAAGGAACUGGACCAGCCGCUACUCGUCCAUCGUCCAAAGGAGAGAUCCAAACCUGGAGGAAAGGCCAUAACAGGUGAGAUUUUACUGCUUCCUGAGCUCUCCUUCAUGACUGGCAUACCCGAGAAGAUGAGGAAGGACUUUAGAGCAAUGAAGGAUCUGACCAUGCACAUCAAUAUGGGAGCAGAGCAGCACACCCAGAGUUUGAAGAAACUUCUACACAACAUCAACACCAAUGAUGAGGCUCUCCGUGAACUGGAGAGAUGGGGCCUCUGCAUCAGUCCAGAGAUUCUGGUGACGCGAGGAAGAAUUCUGCCCAGUGAGACCAUCUGCAUGCAAUCAGCCUCCUUUGUCACGUCUUCAUCAGUGGACUGGUCCAGAGAGGUGGUUCGAGACACUUCCAUCAGCACUAUCCCUCUGAACUGUUGGGCUAUUUUCUAUCCUCGCCGAGCAGCCGAUCAGGCAGAGGAGCUGGUAUCCACCUUCUCCAGGCUCGCCGGACCCAUGGGCAUCAGAAUCGAGCGACCCAUCCGCGUUGAGCUGCGAGACGACCGAACUGAAACCUUUGUCAAGAGCAUUCACUCUCAACUCACCAGUGAACCUCGUCUGCAGCUGGUUGUUUGCAUUAUAACAGGGAACAGAGAUGACUUGUACAGCGCCAUCAAAAAGCUCUGCUGUAUUCAGAGUCCAGUACCAUCACAGGCCAUCAAUGUGCGGACCAUCUCUCAUCCUCAGAAGCUCCGAAGCAUCGCUCAAAAGAUCCUUCUGCAGAUUAAUUGUAAAGUGGGAGGAGAGCUGUGGACAGUUAGUGUUCCGCUGAAAUACCUGAUGGUGAUUGGAGUUGAUGUUCAUCAUGAUACAAACAAGAAAAGCCGAUCUGUUAUGGGCUUUGUGGCAAGUCUCAACAGCAUGCUCACCAAAUGGUACUCCAGAGUUACUUUCCAAAUGCCGCACGAAGAGAUCAUCAAUGGCUUCCGAGUGUGUCUGCUCGCCGCCGUGCAGAAGUACUACGAGGUGAACCACACCUUCCCUGAGAAGAUUGUCAUCUAUCGGGACGGCGUGUCAGAUGGACAGCUAAUGACCGUGGAACAGUACGAGAUUCCACAGAUUCUGAAAUGCUUCGAGACGAUUCCAAACUACGAGCCAAAACUGGCUUUCAUUGUGGUGCAGAAAAGAAUCAGCACCACCAUGUACUCCUACGGUUCAGACCACUUCGGCACACCCUCGCCAGGAACCAUACUGGAUCACACAGUCACAAACAGAGACUGGGUGGAUUUCUACCUCAUGGCUCAUUCAAUCCGACAGGGUUGUGGGCUACCCACGCAUUACGUCACAGUGUACAAUACAGCUAACCUAACACCUGAUCACCUACAGAGGUUGACCUUCAAGAUGUGCCAUCUGUACUGGAACUGGCCCGGAACAAUACGUGUCCCCGCACCGUGCAAAUACGCCCACAAACUGGCCUUCCUCUGUGGCCAGUACCUCCAUUCAGAGCCUGCAAUCCAGCUUUCUGAAAAACUAUUCUUCCUGUAAGUGAGACAGCACAGAGUCUCAAUGUGACCACAGAAGAGUGGUCUUUGUGUUCUUCCUUUUCUUUUAUUGUUGUUUUAAAAACUGUGAAAUAAUGUUCUAUUCAAGUUCCUUUCCCGUGAAUUUUAGUUGUUCAGUUUUGCGGAGCAUUACUGAAUAAAGUUGUGCAUUCCACACUUCAAUUUUC